UAUUUUAUUUAAUUAGCUUCCAGUUAUUUUAUGUUUGUUAAAUCCAACGAUGGAAGAAUAUCAUUGGCAAUUGAUUUACAAUGCACUUCAACAACCAUUUGAUGAAAAACAAAUAAUUACAAUAGAGAAUUUAGAGAAAAUUUCUGUAUAUGAUUAUGCUGAUGAAAUUCGAAAGAUUUCUGAACAAGCAACAGCUGAAGCAAGUCUAAAGACAUUACUAAAAAAGGUUAAAGAUGCAUGGGAGAGAACAGAAUAUGUUGUCUUACCAUAUAAAUCUGGCAAGGAUGUGUAUAUUUUGGGAGGAACUGAUGACAUACAAGCUUUAUUAGAAGAUUCAAUAAUGACUAUAGCAACAAUUCAGGCAUCUAAACACGUUACUCCCAUUAAGAGUGAAGUAGAAGAAUGGAGUAGACGUCUAGAAUUAUUUGCUGAAACAUUGGAAGAAUGGUUAAAUUGCCAGAAAAGUUGGAUAUAUUUAGAAAAUAUAUUUAGUGCACCUGAUAUUCAGCGUCAUGUUCCCGUAGCUGCAAAGUUAUUUUCAGAUGUAGAUAAGUCAUGGAAAGAAAUUAUGGCAAGAGUAAAUAGAAUACCGUUAGCUAUGAGAAUUACUACACAACAAGGUAUGAUAGAAGAGUUUCAAAGCAAUAAAGCACAGUUGGAUCAAAUAAAUGCUUGUUUGGAAGCUUAUUUGGAGUCAAAGCGUGUCGUGUUUCCAAGAUUUUAUUUUCUAUCCAAUGAUGAACUUUUAGAUAUAUUAUCUGAAACAAGAAACCCACUAGCUGUUCAGAUUUAUCUCAGGAAAUGUUUUGAUGCAGUAGCUGAAUUGGAAUUUGGAACUGAAGGUAUUCCAUAUGAAACUACAGCAUGUUAUUCUCUAGAAAACAAAAUGGAGUAGCAGAAAAGAAAAAUAGAUAUCUACCAGAGAUGACAAUAUUUGUGUUAAUUGAUACUGGAUUACUCAACAAAUACUUGAGUACUUGAGUCCAAAAGAGAAAAGGCUGUCUUAUGACUUAGCCCUUGGAAGUUGGAAGUUGAAGAGGGGGUAUGGAGGAGAGGAAGUUGUGGUUUGAAAGGAAAGUGAAAGCAUAGAAGGGGAGUGUGAAGGGUGGGAUCUCAUUGGCGUGUUACAUCGCAAUUAUUUUAGACAAAACAUUGAUAUUUACAGGGAACAAUUUGGUCUGAUGAGACAUGACGAUACAGAGGAUACAAUUGGGAUACAUAAUCACAAUACCGCAGAUAGAAGGUAACAUACCCUUGCUAGAGGUAAAUAACACAGGUUUUGUAUAAUCCAAGGUACAUAGAUAAAGUAUUAUAUAUAAUCCUAAGUACAUAGAUAAGGUUUUGUAGAUGGAGAGGACGACAUCGCGUUACAGUAGGGUAGUACUUCAUAAGUUAAAGUCCGAUGCGCCUAUUUACACAUUGCAGGCUGAGAGGACAACCUAGUACAACAGUAGGGUCGCCCUGCGUAGAGGAGUGGUGGCCGGUUACUGCGAGCCUCCAUACAGGCUUGGUCGCUGGAAUGAUCAAAGAUCCUGCACUUGGUGAUAAAUUUUUCAAGCAGUGAAUAGUUCCUUUUGGUGCUGAGAAAGUCCUCCCAUGGUGGGGGGCCAAGUCUUCCCGUUCUCCGUGCACUGAGUGAUUAGUUUGCCCCUAGGUGCAUCAUAUAGUGGACAGUCCAAGAGUGUAUGGCUGAUGUCACCUAUUGUCGUGCUGUCACAGCUGCAGUAAUCAUUGUCUCUUUUCUUGAUGCGGUGUAGGUAACUAGGAAGAUUCCCAUGGCCGGUUAGAAGCUGAGUCAUGCAGU